AUGAAAGCAGGGCGUAAUUCCGUGAUUUCAGAUGGGAUAGUGACGAACUUUCAUAAACGUUACGAAGAGAUCAUGGUAUCUGAUCAUAUCGAGACGUAUAUCCAAUCGACUGUGCUCAAGAAAGCGCUCGAAAGUACCUCAUUCGACCAGCGCAACGGUAUGCAUAACGAUGAAGCAAUGGAAAUCAGCACAAGUCUGAGUCUGAGCGCUUACAAAUAG